GAUUCAGAAGUCGAUUAAUGCACAACACCUUACAUUCCCGCCACUUCGAGCAUCACACCUAUUGAAAUUGCGACGUCCCUUGAAAUUCGCAAAUAUUGUAAUCAUUUUUUUUGGGAAUAACCAACUUUAGAAUAUAAUGACUUCUAGUGCAAGUUUAACCAUGGGCGUCAUUGCUCGCAUUAUGCAUGGCGAAGAUGUGCCGCAGCCGGUGCUGCAAAUUUUGGGCAUCAAGAGAAUUAAUACGAAUUCAGAUCAGGAGCGCUAUCGGCUGCUCAUGUCGGAUGGCAAGUAUUAUAAUAGCUAUGCGAUGCUGGCCAGCCAGUUGAAUGAAAUGCAACACAAGGGAUUGCUUACCGAGAACACAAUUGUGCGCCUGGACAAAUACAUGACUUCCAUGGUUGGCAAAGAGGGCUCUGGGAAACGCGUUUUGAUUGUCACAGAGCUGACCGUUCUCAAAUCGGGCGAAGAGGUCAAAACCAAAUUAGGUGAACCGGUAACCUAUGAGAAUGCGGCCAAGCCAGAAGCUGCUCCAAAGGCUGCACCCGCUGCCGCGAGUGCUCCAGUCAAAAAAGAUCAAUCGUACAACUACAACAAUAAUAACAAUAACAACACAAUGAACAGCACCAUGAACGGCACACUAAACUCCUCCCUUACACAUCCCAUUGCCAGUCUGAGUCCGUAUCAGAACAAGUGGGUGAUCAAGGCGCGCGUCACUUCGAAGACAGCCAUACGCACCUGGAGUAAUGCGCGUGGUGAGGGAAAGCUCUUCAGCAUGGAUUUAAUGGAUGAAUCGGGCGAGAUUCGAGCUACCGCUUUCAAAGAGCAGUGUGACAAGUUCUAUGAUCUAAUCGAGGUGGACAACGUCUACUUCUUCUCGAAAUGCCAACUAAAACCGGCCAAUAAACAAUACUCGCAGCUGAAGAAUGACUACGAAAUGACCUUCACCGGGGAAACAAUGGUGCAGCUUUGUGACGAUGCCGACGAUGGGGGCAUACCGGAGAUCAAAUUCGAUUUGGUGCCCAUAUCACAGGUGGCGAGCAUGGAGAACAAGGCGGCCGUUGAUACGAUUGGCAUUUGCAAGGAUGUUGGCGAGGUGCAGACCUUCACCUCGCGUACGACCAACAAAGAGUUCAAGAAGCGCGAACUGACAUUGGUCGAUAUGAGCAAUGCCGCCAUCAAUCUUACACUUUGGGGCGAUGAGGCUGUCAAUUUCGAUGGCCAUGUGCAGCCAGUCAUUUUGGUGAAGGGAUCACGCAUUAAUGAGUUUAAUGGCGGCAAGAGUCUCAGCAUGGGCGGUGGCUCAAUCCUUAAAAUUAAUCCAGACAUUCCGGAGGCCCACAAGCUGCGUGGCUGGUUUGACAAUGGUGGCGGCGACAAUAUCAGCAACUUGGUCUCGGCACGAACGGGCGGCGGCAGCUUCAGCACCGAUUGGGUGACCCUAAAGGAUGCCCGUAUACGCAAUUUGGGCUCUGGCGACAAGCCCGACUACUUCCAAUGCAAGGCCGUUGUGCACAUUGUUAAGCAGGAGAACGCUUUCUACAAAUCGUGUCCUCAGACGGAAUGCAACAAGAAGGUCGUCGACGAGGGCAACGGUCAGUAUCGCUGUGAGCGCUGCAAUGCAGCCUAUCCAAACUUCAAGUACCGCUUGUUGAUCAAUAUGAGCAUUGGUGAUUGGACCUCGAACCGCUGGGUGACGUGUUUCAACGAGGCUGGCGAGCAGCUGCUUAAGCACACUGCUCAGGAAGUUGGCGAGGCUCUGGAGAAUGAUCCAACUUCCGCUGAGAAAAUGUUUGGCGAUAUUAACUUCUCCUCCUUCAUAUUCAAAUUGCGCUGCAAGAAUGAAAUGUACGGUGACAUGACGCGCAACAAGCUAACCGUGCAGUCCAUGACCCCAAUAAAUUACAAGGAAUACAACAAACAUUUGAUCAAGGAGCUCAAGGAAAUGACGGGCAUUGGUCCGGCUAACUAAAUGCAUUACGUGCAGCGCACGAUUCAAAAAUAGCCAUUAAGUUCGAUCAUUACACACAUACAAAUAAAAUAAAUUAUACCCACUCAA